AUUUGAUAAGUCAAGAAGAGGCAAUGUCCUAUAUCCCACUAUUUAUUGAAUAUCCUCCGGAUACUAGUACUUGUAUCAGCUCGAUAAAUGUAGGUGGUCUUUGGCCAGCAAAAAUAAGUUCCUGGGAUAGCUUCUUUGAUGAUGUAAUUCAAUACAAGUUCGAUCAAGAACCAAAGUUUGAGAGACCCCAAUUUGUUGAUAAAGGUUUAGAGAUUGUUGUAGAACCUAAUGUUGGCACCGCCAUGGAGGUCAACAUUUUUCGCAUCUUGAACAUUUUGGCUGGUUCAUACUAUAAAUUUUCAAAACAAAAAGAUUCGGAUCUUAAAAGCUAUGAUCCAAGCAUUGGAAAUUGCAAACCGGAUUACACCU